GUUUAAUUGUUUUGGAUGACCCAGGAGCAAUUGAACCUGUAAAAUUCACGCAUCAUCAUGCCUUCUUUCACACCGUCGCAAAGAUAUUUGAGCACUCGCGGAGGCUCCUACGAUUUGUCUUUUGAGGAUGUAGUCCUCAAGGGUCUUGCCUCUGACGGAGGUCUCUUCAUCCCCGAGGAGAUCCCCAGUCUGCCUGCUGACUGGGAAACGAAAUGGAAGAACCACUCAUUCGAGGAUCUUGCAUUUGAGAUCAUGUCGCUCUACAUUUCCACCGCCGAGAUUCCUUCAGAAGACCUCAAGAACAUUAUCCGGAAAAGCUAUGCCACCUUCCGCACUCGCGAUGUGACUCCUAUUGUCACUCUGGACGAAGAGAAGAAGCUGCACCUUCUUGAGCUUUUCCACGGCCCGACUUUCGCCUUCAAGGACGUUGCCCUCCAGCUGCUUGGCAACCUCUUCGAAUUCUUCCUCAUCCGCCGGAACAAGGGCAAGACUGGCAAGGACCGACACCACUUGACCGUUGUUGGUGCUACCAGCGGUGACACUGGUUCCGCCGCCAUCUACGGCCUGCGCGGCAAGACGGACGUUUCCGUGUUCAUUCUGCACCCCAAGGGCAAGGUCAGCCCCAUUCAGGAGGCUCAGAUGACCACUGUCCUCGAUGCCAAUGUUCACAACUUGGCUGUCAAGGGCACCUUUGAUGACUGCCAGGACGCUGUCAAAGCACUUUUUGCUGACCCUGAGAUCAAUGCCACGCACAACCUUGCCGCCGUCAACUCUAUCAACUGGGCUCGUAUUCUUGCCCAGACCACCUACUACUUCCACUCCUACUUCUCCCUCCUCCGCUCCGGCAAGUUCGCUCCCGGCUCCAAGGUCCGAUGGACUGUCCCCACUGGAAACUUUGGCGACAUCUUGGCCGGUUACUUUGCCAAGCGCAUGGGUCUCCCUGCCGAGAAACUCAUUGUCGCGACCAAUGAGAAUGACAUUCUGAACCGUUUCUGGAAGACUGGCUACUACGAGAAGAAGGCUGCCAAGGGCCGUGAGGCUCUCGAUGGCCUUAAGGAGGAUGGCGCAAAGGCACAGGUUGAAGGUGUCAAGGAGACGCUCAGCCCGGCCAUGGACAUUCUGGUCAGCAGCAACUUUGAACGUUUGCUGUGGUACCUUGCCAAGGAGGUUUACGGCAAGGGUGACGAGACCGAGCAGCGAAAGAUUGCUGGACAGAAGGUCAAGCAGUGGCUUGAUGAUCUGAAGACGAAUGGCGGCUUCGGCGUCGAGCCUGCCAUUCUCGAGGGCGCUAAGCGCGACUUUGACAGUGAGCGUGUGUCAGACAAGGCCACUGUUGAGACCAUCAAGCAGCUCUACACUUCACACCCCCCUACGGCAGCCCACAGCGAUGCAAAGGCCGAAGAUGGCACUCGUCACAAGGGUGGCUACAUCCUUGACCCUCACUCCGCCGUCGGUGUUCAGGCUUCUCUCCGCUUCAUUGAGCGCCUCGCUUCCCCCAACACCCACCACAUCUCGCUCUCUACCGCUCACCCGGCCAAAUUUGUGCAAGCAGUCGACCUUUCUCUGAGAGACGUGCAGGGCUUCAGCUUCAGUGCUGCGAUCCCCAAGGAGUUUGAGGGUCUGGAGCAAAAGGAGAAGAGAGUCAUUGAUGUGGAGGAAGGUUCUGGUUGGCAAGGCAUCCGGGAGAUUGUCCGGAAAGAAGUUGCCAAGGAGAUGGGUCUUGCGUAAAUAUAGGGUGUCUGAAAAGCAGUCAUCAUUUGUGCAGCAAUUUUUUUUUUUCCUUUUUAACAUAAUUAGACUACGAGGUCAUGUCACUUUUAUAUCCUUUAGCUGAGAAUAGACAAAAAUAUGC